GUCAGCAAAUAAGAGUCAAUGACAUAAUCUUGUGCCUUUAAAUGAUUCUUUGCAUGUUUUUUAAUAUCAAAUGUUUUAGAAAAUAAUGUUGCUUUGCAUUCUUUCAGACAUUGUCCACGAUUGUGACAGAGAAAAGAGAUCGGGUUUAUUCCUACCUCGAUCUGAUACGAACACCAAAAAUGAGGAAACUGGCCCUGCGUACUGGCACACUUUGGUUCUGUGGGGCAAUGUCAUUUUAUGGUAUCAGCUUCAACGUCACAGGUUUUGGGCUCAAUAUCUAUCUCACUCAAUUUACCUACGCUGUCAUCGAGCUCCCAGCCAAAAUAUCAGUUUACUUCUUACUGGAUAAGAUAGGCAGGAGAAGUACCGAGGUAGGAGCUCUACUGUUGGUUGGAGUCUGUCUCGGAAUCAACAUCAUGGUACCUAAAGAUAUGUCGAUUGUAAGAACAGUGGUAGCAGUUAUUGGCAAAGGUCUUUCCUCUGCAUCGUUUGCAACUGUUAUACUGUAUAGCUCAGAGCUAUAUCCCACUGUAGUGAGGCAGAGUGGUAUGGGCUACAACUCCUUCAUGGGUCGAUUUGGUGUAGCAGUGGCUCCUCUGAUCCUUCUUCUGGAUGAGGUGUGGAAGCACCUCCCGCAGCUUGUCCUGUGCUCUGCAGCUAUACUGGGGGCAAUUGUAGCAAGGACACUACCAGAGACCCGUAACAGGUGCCUGCCAGAGACCAUACAGGAUAUUGAAGAGCAGUCACGGGCAUGAGUGCAUAUUCAGCAACGUUUUUAAUAAAACAAAAACAAUGAUGACAAUAUGUAGCCCACAGUCGGUUUUGUGUGACUUAAUGUGCAAUUUAAAGUUCAGUAGGUUGAAAGG